AUGGAUACGGCGGCGCAGGCCAUCGUCCCGGCCGCCUGCGCGCUGCAGGCUUGGUCGGCCCGCGCCGGCAUCGCCCCUGAGGUGGAGGCGCUCACGGCGGCCCUCGAUGGCGCCAGGCGGACGCUCGACGCCGCGGCGGCGGGCGGCGAGCUGCAGAACAGGUCUCUCCAGGGUUUCCUCCUCAAGGAGGUCCGCCGCGAGGUGUUCCGGGCCGACACGCUGCUGGACGAACUGGACUACCACCGCAUCCGGGAAGAAGGACGGGCGGAGGCUGCCGGCGCCAUCGACGAGUAUAUGAGCAACCUUAUGGACCAAGCAAAAUCCCAUGGCAGCAAUUCUGAUGAUUCAUUUCAGCAGAAACACACUAGUAUUGUCGAUCCAUCAUUAUCCUUGGAUCCAUCUAACCUUCAGCUUAUCGACAAGACUGUGAACAGUCUUAUGGACCAAAUGGACCAUGGAGAAUCUCAUGACAGCAAUUCUGAUAAUUCAUUUCAGAAAAACCACACUAGUAUUGUUGAUCGAUCAUCAGCCUGGGAUCCAUCUAAACUUCAGCUUGUUGUGUACAGCCCCGACAACACAGAUUCUGUUCCGCCAUGGAUAAAGCUAGAUAAGAAUGAGAUCUUAUAUAGGAUAUCGGACAGUGUCAAUCAGCUCAAUGAGAUGCAACGUGACGCACGCAAGGCGCUUAAACUCGAGGAGCUGGACUCCCUUGCUCUCAGAAUGGGCUCUCCAGACACAGACUUCAGGGAGACAACUCCUGCUGUUAUUGAACCCAGAAUUUAUGGGAGGGACAAGGAGCAGAGUCAUAUAGUCAACACACUUGUGUGUAGUGAAACAAAGGAUGAAGGUAUAUCAGUUUUCGCCAUUGUCGGAAACGGUGGUGUUGGCAAGACCACCUUAGCCCGUUUGGUGUAUAACGAUGCUAGCAUUGCACAACAUUUUAUCCUGCGUCUAUGGAUCUAUGUGUCUGUUACUUUUGAUGAGGUUAAGCUUACACAUGAUUUGCUUGAAUGCCUAUAUGGUGAUAGAUUUGAGGGGAUUGAGGACUUGACCAAGCUCCAAAAGUUUGUCGAGGAUGGCGUGAAGUCGAAGAGGUUACUACUUGUUAUGGAUGACAUAUGGGAAGACCAUGACCUGAGUCGAUGGGACACAUUCCUAGCUCCACUUCGAUGCGCUGAAGUCAAGGGAAAUAAGGUUUUGGUAACCACAAGGAAAUUUUCUGUUGCGGCAAUGACGGGCGCAAAGGAUGAAAUUAAGCUGGACGGUCUAACGGAAGAGAAUUUUUGGGCUUUAUUCAAGGAAUGUGCAUUUGGGAACAGGAAAGAGCAACUGAAGCUAGUGUAUAUUGGGCGUCAGAUAGCAGAGAAAUUGAAGGGAUAUCCUUUGGCUGCUAAAACUGUUGGAACACUACUAAGAAAAAAGCUUGAUGUUGAGCAUUGGAGGAAAAUUCUAGACAGCACUGAAUGGAAAUAUCAAGAAAGCAACGAAGACAUCAUACCGGCAUUGAGGAUUAGCUACAACCAUCUGCCCUUCCUUCUUCAACCGUGCUUCUCAUAUUGUUCACUGUUCCCUAAGAAUUAUCAUUUCAACGCUGAACAACUGGUGAACAUAUGGAUUGCACACGGUUUUGUGCGUCCCAAAGAAAGCAAAAGAAUAGAAGAUGUAGGACGUGAUUACUUCAAUGAGCUCGUCGACUGUGGGUUUAUUCAAUACGAACCAACAGGGCUUUCUUACAUCAUGCAUGAUCUGAUUCACGAUCUAGCACAGAUGGUUUCUUCUGAUGAAUGUUUUACUAUAGAUGCUCUAGGAUCUAGAGAAACACCAAAGUUUGUUCGCCAUGUUAGUGUUGUUACAGAAUCAGCGUAUCGUCCAAAAGGAGAUGGCAGUAUGGCACCUAAUGAAUCUUUCAGACAGGAAUUUGUUCAAGCAAUUGGUGCAUUCCAACCUAAGAACGUGAGCACAAUUAUGUUGAUUGGUAGAUAUGACUCAGACUUCUCUGAAUCAUUUCGAGACAAAUUCAAUGAGUUCAGAGCCAUUCGUGUAUUAAAGCUGGAAAUGAUGUUUGAUGAUUUGAGUUCUUUGAUAUGUAACCCUGCAGCAUUUAUUCAUCUUCGUUAUCUGGAGCUGCGUGCUGCUUAUGCAACUUCAAAUUUGCAGUUGCCAGAGUCCAUAUGUAGACUGUACCAUCUAGAGGUCAUUGACAUUAAUAUAAUACAUAAUUUUGGAUCUCAUAUGGAGUUACCAAGAGGGUUCAGCGAUCUUGUAAACCUGCGCCACUUUCUUGCCUUUGAGAAUUUACAUGAGAAAAUUGCUGCUGUUGGGAAACUGAAAUUUCUUCAGGAGCUCAAGGCUUUCAAAGUAAGCAAGAAAAAAGAAUUUACUAUUGAUCAAUUAAGCACUCUAUCGGAGCUCAGAGGGUCACUGAAAAUAUAUAACCUUGGAAAUGUUGGGAGCAAAACGGAGGCUAUGAUGGCUAGACUUGAGGACAAGGCAAUGCUGCUUCUCACACAGCAGUACUUGAAGGAUUUCAACCACCCAGAAGCCUCAGAUGUCUCAGAAUUGACGGACAUAGAGGUGCUACUCCCAAAUGGUUAA